AGAUAAUACGAUACAUCGAAUCAAGUUUAGGUGUUUCCACGUUCAGUUCCGUAGUGCACCUGCGUGAAAGAGGAUUCUCGGACACCAAAAUGGCUGCCACACACCUCGACGUUGGCCUACGUUGCAUCAAGUACCUGCUUUGCGCGGUUAACUCCCUCUUUGUGUUAACGGGGAUAAUGAUAAUAUCCAUUGGAACAACAAUUUAUGCUGUCUACGAAGAUUUCUCCCAUUUUUUGGAUCCUAGCUAUUUUUCUCCAGCAACCCUCUUAAUCGUUGUUGGGAUAUUUGUUUUUAUAAUAGCUUUCCUAGGUUGUUGCGGAGCUCUUAGAGAGAGCACCUGUAUGGUUCUUGUGUUUGCAGUAUCGCUUUCAUUAGUUCUUGUCUUGGAAUUGAUCGCUGGGAUUGCAGCUUAUGCUCUUCAAGAUGGAAUAAAAGAUCUUCUUGCUGACAAAAUUAACGUGACCAUGCAUCAAUAUGAAAAAAAUGACGAAGCUAGGAGUGCCAUUGAUUUUCUACAAUCAAGACUCUAUUGUUGUGGAUACAAUGGACACGAAGAUUGGGAAGAACAAGGAAUGACUAUUCCUUCAUCUUGUCCUUUUAGAGAUAUUAAUAAAAAUAUUUAUGCAACUGGAUGUAUCAAACAUCUUUCAAUUAUCAUUCACAGGAGUGCCCUUUAUAUUGGUACUGGAGCUGUAGCCAUUGCUCUUAUUCAGUUAACUGGAAUAAUGUUCGCCUGUAUGCUAGGCCGAGCAAUUAGAAGACAAAAAACAGAAAGGGAGAGACGUCGAUGGGAAUUAAGAGAGAGUUUAGUUAAUGGUUACCAGCCAUUAGGAAAAUCAGAUCCCUUUACCACUUUCCCUGUUGUUUACAUGUCCUCUGAACCAUUGAAGAAUUCAUAGAAUUCUCUACUUUUGUUAUACAUUCUUAAUAUAAAAUAAUUUUAUUUAUAUUAAAAUAGUAUCUUUCAAUUUUUUGAAGUUCUAAAAGUCAAUAUCUUUAUUUUGUAAAGAAAAUUAUUUUUUAUAUUCCCUUCUUCGUUUCUUGUUAAUUAAGAUCGAUUUUCAUAUAUUGCUCUAAAUUUAUUAUUUCUUUUUGUCAGUUUCUUUUAGAAAUUAUAUACCUAAUAGUAGAUAUCUAAUUUCAUUUAUUAUUACGUUUCUAUAAAAUUGUAGCUGUAGAUAUAUAUGUAUAUAUAUGUGCUUAUAUCUGCUUAUAUAUAUAGAGAAGGAUUUAAUAUAUUUUCAUAAUACAUAAUGAAACGUACAAAUAUUUCGUACAAAUUUUAUAUUACAUACUUUGUUGGAAUAAAUUAUUUUCAAACCUUAGUCACACUUCAUUGAAAGACUGAAGCUCUCUUUAAGAGUUCUUUGACUAUUUCAUUAUUUGUUGAGGUGCAUAGAUAUGGAGGAGUUAAUUCACGAUAAGCCAAACAUAUUCGCUUAGAAGUUAUAUCUUCUCUUAAAACACAAUGUUCCCAUUUGUACCUAUAAAAAAUAUAGAAGAGAAUCUAGUAAUUAUGUAAAUAAUGCAAUAAAAUUCACAUUCAUUAUA